GAAAUGAAGUCAAUGUAUUGACGGUAGCAUUGGUCAACCAAGACAGAGAAAAAAAUUCCGAGAAACGAAGCCCUGGUCUAAAAUCAGAGAAAGAGGCACUAUUAAUAGGUAUCAUAUCCACAUUUCUUCAUGUCCACCCUUUUGGAGCCAACAUAGAAUAUCUUUGGUCUUAUAUGCAGCAGUUGGACUCUAGGAUCUCUGCAAAUGAGAUAGAAAUGCUUUUGAUGAGACUGCCACGCAUGUUUAAACAAGAAUUCACUGGUGUAGGAGCAACACUGGAAAAGCGGUGGAAGUUUUGUGCCUUUGAAGGAAUUAAAACUAUCUGACUGUGACUAGUAAUGAAGCUAUGCAGAAUAAGAAUUCCUAGAGCAUGGCAGGGUUACAAAGUAUUAAAGUAAGAAAUUUGGGUUUUGGCACAUAGUAGUAUGUUUUCAAAGUUAUCCGAGCCUAAUUUUAGUUACAUUUGUGACGUUCUCUUGUGAGUGGAAAUGUAGUUGUGCACCAGUUCCUAAAAUAAAAUAAUUUUUUUAAAAAAAGUUUCAAAAUGUGACGGAUCUGUUUCCUAUGAAAACUGAAGAAAGAUGCCACAGUCAUAAUGAUUUCAAAAUACUACAUGUCCUACAUCUGAGAAAAGCUCAUUGAGCAAACAGUUAAGGAGAAAGAUUGCCCAGUUAUGGUCGCUAUAUUACAGCGAUGUAAAUGUAAUAUGUAGUAGAGCUCAUUAAAUUACGUUACUGAAAGUUCUUUCCAUUUAGUAAGAAAAUUAAGUAAUUUUACCGUGAGGAAAAGCAUACCAAAAGAAAACUUGAAGAUGUGUCUGAAGUUGUUGUAUUUUGUAAAUUAAGUUAUAUGCUGUACCAGGGAUUUUUGCCUUAUUGAAAGAGGCCUGAAAAUGUGAUUGGAGUCCUCAAGAAUGCUUUAUCAAGAAUAUUAUUUUUCUAAUGUAACUAUUCUCCAUUACAAGUUCUUUUAACAUGGAUUGCAUAUCAAUUUUCAUAAACAUGUAAAUAAGGAGGAAACCAGUGUUACUGUAUUGUAUUUGGUAUGUAACAUUCAGGUUUAUGCAUCAAAAUAAAUAUUCAGUUGCAUUACUGUUACAAAUUUUAUAGCAGAUAUAUUAAUUUUUAUCAAUAAAUAUGACUUCUACCAUA